AUGGCUUCCACUUCUACUCCAUCACAAUCUCUACACCACCACAUUACUGCAAACACAAACUUCCCAUCAUUUUCAACAAACAAACCAUUCCAUAUUACUUAUUCAUUUUCUUUAAACAAAUCUUCACUACGUGUACAGUCCUCAAGCACUGCAAAGUAUAAUGAAGUGGUGGUGGAUGAAGAAAUGGACAAGAUUAGAAGGCUACAAAAUGGAUCCGACGUUCGUGGGGUCGCUUUGGAAGGCGAAAAAGGUCGACCAGUCGACCUAACUCCGCCAGCCGUGGAGGCCAUUGCAGAGAGUUUUGGAGAAUGGGUUAAGAAUGGAUUGGAGAAAGAAAAGGGUAGACCGGUGACAGAUGUGAAGAUAUCACUCGGACGGGAUCCAAGAAUUUCGGGUGCAACAUUAAGUGCAGCUGUUUUUGCAGGUCUUGCUAGGGCGGGGUCUGUGGCAUUUGACAUGGGACUUGCGACCACACCAGCUUGCUUUAUGAGUAUAUUGCUGCCUCCAUUUAUGUAUGAUGCUUCUAUAAUGAUGACGGCAUCUCACUUGCCAUAUACACGAAAUGGGUUGAAAUUCUUCACCAAAAAAGGAGGUUUGACGUCACCGGAGGUGGAGGAAAUAUGCGAUAUAGCUGCUCGGAAAUAUGCCAACAGGCUUGCGAAGGUAUCGAGCGUGCUUCAGACCCCACCGAUGAGAGUCGAUAUCAUGAGCACAUAUGCAGCUCAUCUCCGAGAUAUCAUCAAGCAAAGAGUCAACCAUCCAUUGCAUUAUGACACUCCUCUUCAAGGAUUUCAGAUAAUUGUAAACGCUGGAAAUGGAUCGGGAGGGUUCUUCACUUGGCAUGUCUUAGACAAACUUGGAGCUGACACCUUUGGCUCUCUCCACCUCAAUCCGGACGGGAUGUUUCCCAACCACAUUCCCAACCCUGAGGACAAAACUGCAAUGGCCUUAACAAGAGCAGCCGUGCUAGAAAACAAUGCUGAUCUUGGCAUUGUUUUUGACACAGAUGUUGAUCGAAGUGGUGUUGUUGAUAGCGCAGGCAAUCCCAUAAAUGGCGAUAAACUGAUCGCCCUCAUGGCUGCUAUUAUCUUGAAGGAACACCCAGGUACCACUGUUGUAACUGAUGCGCGUACAAGUAUCGCACUUACUAGGUUUAUUAAUGAAAGAGGCGGACACCAUUGUUUGUAUCGAGUUGGCUAUAGGAAUGUGAUUGACAAGGGUGUCCAGCUUAACAAGGAUGGAAUUGAAACACAUCUUAUGAUGGAAAUCUCUGGUCAUGGUGCCCUCAAAGAAAACCAUUUUCUCGAUGAUGGUGCUUACAUGGUAGUAAAAAUUAUAAUUGAAAUGGUAAGGAUGAAGCUGGAGGGAUCAGAUAAUGGAGGAAUUAGCAGUCUCAUAAAAGAUCUUGAAGAGCCAUUAGAAUCUGUAGAGCUAAGAAUGAAUAUACUCACCGAGCCAAGAUAUGCAAAGGCCAAAGGCGUGGAGGCCAUUGAAACGUUCAGAGAUUACAUUGAGCAAGGAAGAAUACCAGGGUGGGAAUUAGAUUCCUGCGGAGAUUGCUGGGUUAGUGAAGGCUGUCUUGUGGACUCCAACGACGCUCCAGCCGCCAUUGAUGCCCAUAUGUACAGGGCUAAAGUUACUGAGGGUGAACAUGGACAAUAUGGUUGGAUACACCUCCGGCAGAGUAUUCAUAACCCAAAUAUAGCAGUCAAUUUGCAGUCCACAAUUCCAGGAGGCUGCCAAUCCAUGACAAUAGAUCUAAGAGAUAAGUUUCUACAAGCCAGUGGGUUGGAAAAAAUUCUUGACAUAUCUCAGAUUGACAAGUUCGCGAGGAACGGGAAUAUAUAA